AUGGCAGAACAUCCUGUUCUGGAAGAGAUCUCUUGUUCUGUGUGCCAAGGAGUCUUCUUGGAUCCUAUUGCCCUGACAUGUAACCACAGCUUCUUAAAAUUCUGUUUUGAACAGUACUGGAUACAAAAAGACUCUCACGGAUGUCCAGUCUGCAGGACUAUACCUUCUCGGCCUCCCCUCAACCAGGCUAUAAAGAAUCUGUGUAAGGCCUUCUUACAGGAGAGGAGUGAGAGAACUCCAACAGGGUCUCAAGAGCUUUGCAGUCUCCUCAGGGUAAAACUGAAGCUCUUCUGUUUGUUUGAUAAAGAACCUGUCUGUGUUAUUUGUCAGACUUCAAGAAAACACAAAAACCAUGAGCUAUGUGCAGUGGAGGAUGCUGGACAGUAUUUUGAGGAGGAGAUAACAUGUGAUCUGAAGAUACUGCAGAGGAGACUGGAAACUUUUAAUCAGGUUAAAUUGACACAUGAUCAAACUCCAGAUCACAUUAAGUGUCAGUCCCAGCAAAUACAAAGGCAGAUAAAGUUGGAGUUUGAGAAACUUCACCAGUUUCUACGAGAAGAAGAGUCAGCCAGGAUAGCUACACUGAGAGAGAAAGAGGAGCAGAAAAGUUAG